CUGUCAUUUACUAGUACCAACAUGUCCGCACUAAAUUUUUUACUAAGAUGUGUUUAAUGUAAUUUAUCAUCUCUGCGGUUAUUUAGACGUGAAAAUGAACACACGUAGUAUAAUUUUGCUUUGUUUUAGCUGGAAGGACAACAUUCAUGUGCUUAUCACUGCCUAAACUUCCAAAAUCGAAAUAUCAUUUAUGACGUAAAAAUGUGAGGUUAGAAUUCUUUGUUUGAUGAUAAUUUCUUCCAACUUUAACGGCAACGAAAAUGUCACUUUUUCCUACGAUGAAUAAAUUCCGCUGCGAAAACGCCAAAAUUGAACUUUAUUAUUGUAAAAAUUGCGACUUCAAAACAGAGCUGAUGAUUCUGUUGAAACAACACACUAGUAAAUAUCAUGCUCAUAAAAAACAAUCAUCGAGUGAAAAUAUCCAAGACUACGUUUGCGAAAAGUGCGACUUUAAGACAAAUUCAUGGUUAAUGUGGCUUCGGCAUACUGUAAUAUGCAGAGGAAUGAAGGUAAUCAAUGAAACACGAUGUCUAGAAUCUAAAUUCUAUUUUUGUGACAACUGUCCCUAUAAAAGUAAAUAUAAGCACGUUUUAAAAAUCCACGUAAACAUGAUCCACCUAGACGAACAAGUCGCAGAAUGGCACAAGUGCGAAAAAUGCCCUUUCAAAAGUAGAGCCAAAAGCAACUUAAGACACCACGUCAACUACAUACACUUGAACGAACAAGAGGUUAAAUGGUACGAAUGCAACCAGUGUCCAUUUAAAACCAAGUACAAAAGUUAUUUAAAGAUUCACGUGAUUGUGAAACAUGUAGACGAAGGCAAAAUCAAGUGGUACGAAUGUGACAAUUGCCCGUUCAAAACUAAGCGGGCUUCGAGUUUAAAAAAUCACGUAGUUUGUCAGCAUUCGCACGAAGAUAAAGUAAAAUGGUACAAAUGUACGACCUGUCCUUACAAAAGUAAGGGAAAAAAUAAUUUAAAAGUGCACAUAAAAGUCAACCAUGUAGAUAUCAAGUCGUAUCAGUGCAAAUUCUGUCCGUAUAAAGCAAAACUGAAAAGUUACUUGAAAGAUCACGUUAUCAAUCGACACUCAGACGGAAAGAAUGUUAAAUGGCACAAGUGUGAACAAUGUGUUUAUAAAACUAGACGUAAAACGGAUUUGAGAAUGCACGUGAAUCUUAUCCAUAUAAAAAAAGAAAAUGCCGAAUGGUUCCAGUGUGACAAGUGUCAGUUUAAAACCAGAGUGCCACAGGGUUUAAAAAAACACACAAAUUUGCUGCACUUGAGUGAAGAGGAGGUUAAAUGGUACGAAUGUAAGGAGUGUCCGUUCAAAACCAAGCAUAGUUCGUCUUUGAAGAGGCACGUGGUUGCGAAACAUUUAGAUGAAGAGAAAAUUAAGUGGUACAGAUGUGAAAAGUGCCCAUUCAAGGCUAAGCGGGUGUGGCAUUUGAAAAAUCAUGUGAAAUUUCGACAUUCGGGUGACGAAAAUGGGGAUAAUUGUGUUCAUAAACACAAUUAGGAUAUAAAUGUUGUAAGUUGUACAAUAAAAAAUAUAUUUGGUGGUGAAAA